AUAAAACAAUAAUCAUUAAUCAGAUAAUUUAUUUAAUAAUAGAUGUGUUAUAGUUUAAUCUUUGAGCCUUCAGUCUUGUUUAUUAUGCAUUAAUUAUGCAAAUAUUCAAGCGUUUUUAAAGCUUCAUCCUUCAUCGCAUUUCAUAAAAUAGUAACGUUAGUUUAAUGUCAGUUACUGCCGUUGCUGGUUGUAUUAUAACUUAUAAACUUGUCACAUAUGAAAUUAAUCGACUAACCAUCUAGUUUGUUACUUAAUUUGAAUAACUAAAUUAAAUGGAAGAGACUAAUGCAGCAUUCCAUAGUAGUACAACAUUGGUGUUACGCCCACAAGUAAAUGAUGGUCAAGUAGUACAUUUAAAAUUAAAGAAACCCAAAAAGAGUCAUAAACAGGUUAGUUGGGAUGCACACACUGUUGACAAUGAGCACUUGAACAAGAAAAAGAGCAAAUGUUGUUGUAUUUACGAAAAACCAAAAAAAUUUGGAGAGCCCGAUACAGACGAAAGCAAUGACAGCGACAAUGAUGAAUGUGCCAGUUGUGUGGGUAGUAAAAAAACGCAUCAACUGCACAAGGAAGAGAACAAAGUCGAAGAACCUAAAGAAGAUAGUUGUUAAAAUACAUUUUAACAUAUCUUUGUAUUAAUUGUAAACUUGUAUGUAUAAAACUAUUUAACCGUACAAUUUUCUUUUUUUUAUUUAUGACUACAAGUCUACAACCACCUAUUUGUUUGAAUAAUAAUAUUUAUUUUUCUAAUUAAAUGUUUGUUGGAAUGCAA